GCCAACCUGUCCAGCAACCGCUUUCACAGAGAACCCCUGCAACUUCUCGAACCCCCUCGCAAACUCCCCUAAUCCUAUUGUCCGCAGUCUGCUAUUCAGCCUCGUUUUGGGACUCGGGGCGGAACGCCGUCUUCAGUCCUCACGUGGGCGGCCGCGCAUCGCAUCGUCGUCACCUCCGAUCGAAGUAGCCCAGCAGCUCGCAGCUCCGGUUUCUUCUCGACUAUGCCCCUACUCUUCCUCCUCUCGCCCCGCCAAUCCAUGGAAUGAGCUCAAUGCCUCUCCCAUCCCCGUCGGCGCCCCCGCCCUCCGUGCUGUCGGAGCGCCGGAAUUGGAGGAGGCUCUCCGGCUUAUCUGUCUCGCCCGCCCACGAGCGGCGCCCGACCCCGGAGAAUGAGACCGAGAACGAGAAUGGCCAGCCCGCCGCCAUCACCGAGGAGAUCAGCGAGAUCAAGCGCUACGAGGACUUCACCACCAUUGAUUGGGUGCAAGAUGCGGUGCACGAGCAGGCCCGCCGCCGGGCCAAGCGACGAAACGGCUCCGGGUUCUGGGAUCAGGAAGGCACCUUCGGCUGGCGACGCAAGGUGCGCGAGUCCUACGACGCCGGCCAGGCCUGGCUGGUGAUUACACUGGUGGGCGCGGCCAUUGGGUUGAUCUCGGCGGUUCUGAACAUCAUCACGGAGUGGUUGUCGGAUGUGAAGCUGGGGCAUUGUACGACGGCGUUCUAUCUCAAUGAACAGUUUUGCUGCUGGGGGUCGGAGGGAGGUUGUCCCGAGUGGAGGCCCUGGACCUCGUACUGGAUCGUGAACUACUUCAUAUAUAUUUUCUAUGCGAUACUAUUUGCGUCCGUCGCAGCGAGCCUGGUUAAAUCCUUCGCGCCGUAUGCCGCCGGCUCGGGCAUCUCGGAGAUCAAGUGCAUCAUUGCGGGAUUCGUGAUGAAGGGCUUCCUGGGCGCCUGGACGCUGCUCAUCAAGUCGAUUGCGCUGCCGUUGGCUAUUGCGUCCGGUUUGUCCGUGGGCAAAGAGGGGCCCAGCGUCCACUUCGCCGUCUGCACGGGCAAUGUGAUCUCGCGGUUCUUCAGCAAAUACAAGCAGAAUGCAUCGAAGACGAGGGAGGUCUUGACGGCCACGGCGGCGGCUGGUGUGGCGGUCGCUUUUGGCAGUCCGAUUGGCGGCGUGCUCUUCUCUCUCGAGGAAAUGGCGUCGUAUUUCCCGCUGAAGACCCUCUGGCGGAGUUACUUUUGUGCUCUGGUUGCGACGGGUGUCCUGGCGGUAAUGAAUCCGUUCAGGACCGGACAGCUGGUCAUGUUCCAGGUGCAGUACGACCGGAACUGGCAUUUCUUCGAAUUGAUAUUCUUUAUGAUGCUUGGGGUCUUUGGGGGGUUAUAUGGAGCGCUGGUGAUCAAGUGGAACCUUCGGGUCCAGGCCUUCCGGAAGAAAUACCUGUCGCAGCAUGCUAUCAUGGAGUCGGUGAUUCUCGCGGGCGUCACGGCCGUCCUGUGCUACCCGAACAUGUUCCUGAAGAUCAACAUGACCGAGAUGAUGGAGAUUCUCUUCCGAGAAUGCGAGGGGGGGCAUGAUUACAACGGGCUAUGCGAGUCGAAAAACCGGUGGUCGAUGGUCAUGUCACUGGCCGUGGCUACAAUCCUCCGCAUCUUCCUGGUCAUCAUCUCGUACGGCUGCAAGGUGCCCGCCGGUAUCUUCGUGCCGUCGAUGGCCGUGGGGGCCUCUUUCGGGCGUUUCGUGGGCAUCCUCGUCCAGGCUCUGCACGAGGCCUAUCCCAAGUCCGCGUUCUUUGCCUCGUGCGAGCCGGACAUCCCCUGCAUCACCCCAGGCACGUAUGCUUUCCUGGGGGCAGGCGCGGCUCUGAGCGGCAUCAUGCACUUGACGAUCUCCGUGACGGUCAUCAUGUUCGAACUCACCGGUGCGCUGAACUACAUCCUCCCGACAAUGAUCGUCGUCGGCGUCACCAAAGCCGUGAGCGACUGCUUCGGCAAAGGCGGCAUCGCGGACCGGAUGAUCUGGUCGAACGGAUUCCCCUUCCUCGACAGCAAAGAAGACCACGUCUUCAACGUGCCCGUCUCCCAGGCCAUGACCUCCGACCCCGUGUCCCUACCCGCCGCCGACUUCCCCGUCCGCGAAGCCGAGCACCUUCUCAGCGACAACAAAUUCCAGGGCUUCCCCAUCGUGGAAGACCGCACUCGAAAGACCCUAGUCGGGUACAUCGGCCGCACGGAGCUGCGCUACGCCAUCGACCGCGCCAAAGCCGAAGGCCUGCUCUCCCCCACCGCCAAAUGCGUCUUCACCAAAGAAGCCGCCGACGCCUCCGCCGCCCGUCGCGCCUCCCAUCUCCACGCCGCCCCCGAGACCUUCGACGACAUCCAGACCACCUCCGGCACCAGCUACGUCGACUUCAGCCGCUACGCCGACCACACGCCCCUCACCGUGCACCCGCGUCUCGCGCUGGAGACCGUCAUGGAGAUCUUCAAGAAAAUGGGUCCCCGCGUCAUCCUGGUCGAGCACCGCGGCCGACUGAUGGGCUUGGUCACGGUUAAGGAUUGUCUGAAGUAUCAGUUCAAGGUCGAGGCCGAGGAGCAGGCGCUCGCCGCGACUAGUCCGCCGCAGCUUUCGCUAGGCGGACAGACUACUAGUCGUGUGGAUACGCUUGAGGAUCGUCUGUGGGGCCUUAUGCAGCGCGUCGGGGGAUUCUUCUCCAGGCGGGAGAGAGAGCAUACCCAAAUCCCCCGAGUGAGACCCACGUCCGAGGAGCAGAGCCAUCCGCCUACGAGGAUUGUCGAUGAGGAUGAGUAUGAGGAUGCGAUGUUGGAGAUGGAGGAUAGACGGUAGUGGGUGGGUGGGGUUGUCAAGCUGUAGAGGUCGCUUUUUUUUCCUUCUUUCAUAUAGAUACCACCAUACAUACUUACUUACCAUAACGCUUUUGUCUGUCUUGUAUAUACCCUCUCAUCCUAC